GUACGUGGCAUUGCAUUCUAGCAGAGGAAAUCAUAUAUUAAAGUCCAAUUGCAAUAUUCUUUAGGAUGCAGACGUCUGCAAGAGAUGACAAACCUCUUUCUGGAAAGGUUGCCGUGGUAACAGGAGCCUCUAGUGGCAUCGGUGCUGCCAUCUCUCGUCAACUGGCUGCUGCUGGUGCCAAGGUUGCCAUGGCAGCAAGGCGAGAGAACUUGUUAAAAGAAAUCCAGGAUGAAAUUUCAAAGGAAGGAGGCGUGGCUCUAGCAGUGAAAUGCGAUGUUACGAACAGAGCUGAGGUGAAGGAGCUUAUUCAGCACACGGAAAGCACCCUGGGUCCCGUGGAUAUUUUGGUGAACAACGCGGGUAUCUGGGUGAUAAGGUGUAUGAAAAACCUUCACGAGGAGGAGUGGGAUCAGCAAGUAGACGUGAACAUCAAGGGAGUGUUGAACUGUAUUGGAGCUGUGAUCUCCGGGAUGUGUGAAAGGAAAAGAGGUCAUAUCGUCAACAUGUCGUCACAAAAUGGAAAGACGGUAAUACCUUUGGUAGGGAUAGCCGUUUACACAGGGUCGAAGUUCUUCGUAGAGGGGAUGUCACGGACGAUCCGUCAAGAAGUUUGUAAGGAUGGCGUACGUGUUACUUGUAUUCAGCCUGGUGAAGUUGAAACGCCC